GGCAAUGACAAGGAGUGGCAAGUGGAAUGUUAGUUAAAGAGACCGGUACUCACACUAUGUAAGCCAUGCCUCUUCCCAUACAAGGCAAGCCCACAUUUGAGGAAGAACCGCCCAGGGCAUGAGCUUUAAAAAGCCUUGCUCAGGCAAUAAAACACAUACUAUCUUUUUCGCAAGCAGUAAAGUAUGCUGGAGAUGGGUGGGAGGCUAUGGACCAUCCAGCUGUUAGUUCAGACUCUUUGUUUGACAUCAGUUGACGCCUUCUCCAAUGGAAAAGUGACUGAAGCCUGCGGGAGUAUGAUGCCAAAACAUGGCCAUGCCCCCAAUACCACCCAACCUCCCUACACUCUGGCUGUCAAUGUCACUGAAUUCAGUUCUGGAGAUUACAUCCAAGUUACCAUAUCUGGAACAACAUACUUCGAGGGAUUCCUGCUCGAGGCUCGGAAUGCAUCCAAUCCGGACACUGACGCUGUCGGCUCCUUCAUCCUGACCAAUCCUAAAACCACACAACUGUUGCAAUGUGGCCACACUCCGGAUUCAGCUGUCAGUCACACAAGUGAUGCCAGACAGACACAAAUCGUGGUAAUCUGGAAAGCUCCCCAAAACUCACCCGACGCUGUCAAAUUUCUUGUGACCGUAGUGGCUCAUUACAAGACUUUCUGGGUGAAAAUCCCUGGUCCUGUUGUGUCUCAGAGUGGGGUAACUCCCAUCCCACCUAAACCCACCACACCUUCCACUACCAUAAAGACGACAACUCCCUCUGUGUUGCCCAGACCAUUCAGCUCAGUGGGCUGUGGCCAACAGAAGUCCUGCCUGUUGGACCCAGUGGGAUGUGACCCGGAAAAAGAUCCAUCGUGCUUCUUCCUGUCGUUUGCCCCCAAGGGUCAGACUGUGGUGUUUGAGCUCAGUGGGCCCUCAGAUGGCUACAUUGCCUUCGCCCUCUCCCAUGACACAUGGAUGGGGGAUGAUGACAUGUACCUAUGUGUGAGGGAUGACAGCUUGGUGGAUGUGAGCGCAGCUUAUGUGAAAGGAAGGUCCUACCCACAGGAGGCCUCUGAGAAUGUUCUUACAGAUGUGGCCUGGAGAUUGGCGGAUGGAGUCAUUCAGUGUCAGUUUCGUCGACAAGUUCUUGUCCCACAGGACCCGACCCGGUUUAGCCUGGACGCACAGUACUACCUGUUCAUGGCAUACGGUGAAGCUGAAAACGGCGAGGUGAACAGGCAUGACCGCCAACCCCUCAUAUCCUCACAGCAGUCGGUCAUCAACGGCCCAGCAGAGAUUCUCAAUGGCUCUCGAUCACCACUUCUCAUGAAAGUUCACAGCGUACUGAUGUUAAUUGCCUGGAUGUUGGCUGGAAGCACGGGUACUUUCAUAGCCAGCUACUUCAAGCCUGAUUGGCCAGAGAGAACAUUGUUUGGUCAGAGAAUUUGGUUCCAGGUGCAUCGAGGGCUGAUGAUAUUAACAGUGCUGCUUACCUGUGUGGCCUUCACUCUUCCCUUCAUCUACAGAGGAGGUUGGAGUAAGCAUGCCGGGGCCCAUCCCUACCUGGGAUGUACUGUACUAGCCCUGGCUCUCCUUCAGCCUAUCAUGGCCACUCUCAGACCUCCCCCUGACUCCUCCAGGAGGUGGGUGUUUAAUUGGCUGCAUUGGGGAGCUGGCACUGUUGCUGAGAUUAUGGCUGUGGCGGCCAUGUUUUUGGGGAUGGGCCAGCAAUCUGUGCUCCUGCCUCACUCCUGGCGCCUGGUGGUUCUCGCUGGGUUCCUGGCAUGGGUCGUUCUCUUGAGGGUGCUUCUUGGGCUCCAUAAAAAAGGCUACAUUAAAACACGAUUUUGUGACUUUGUUUCCAAAGCGAGUGACACUGAUCAGCAACGGAUUCUUGCUGACGACUCAGAGGACAGCACUUGGGAUGCAUGGUUCAAAAUGGUUGCCCUUCUUGCCUUUGUUAUUGGGAAUAGUGGGUUCCUGAUCAGCUUAAUUCACACCAUCAGUGGAUUGUGAUGAAUCUGUGAGAAGGGCCAUUCCAUGGUACAUGACAACUCACUGUCUGGAGGAAAGGUGGAGGAUCCUGAUUCUUAUUCACAUACCGGCCACAGGCAGAUCAAAGUACUGAACCAGAUCUAAUAUAUAUAUAUAUAUAUAUACAAAAAAAUACUGGAUAGAUUAUCCAUUUCACACGCACAUCAAAAGUAUUUCUGCACUAUUGAUUUUGCACUAAUGUUCUUAUCCCAACUUCUCAGGAAAUGCAGUUGUACACUCAGCAGCCAGUUUAUUAGGUAUACCGUCCCGAUCACAAAAAUAGCUCGCUCCUUCAGACAGUCACGUGGCCGUGGCUUAGUGUAUAUACACUGUAAAGCAAGCAGACGGGCAUCGAGCACAGGAGGCUGCUGAGGGGAGGACAGCUCGUAAUAAUUGCCUGAACCGAGCGACUGGAAUGGUAUCAAACGCAUGGAAGCCAUGUUUGAUGUAUUUGAUACCGUUCCACUAAUGCCUCCAGCAUUACCACAAACCUGUCCUCCCCAAUUAAGGUCCCACCAACCUCCUGUGGCAUCGAGGCAUUCAGUUACUGUUCGACUGAACAUUCGAAUUGGCGAAACGAGUGACCUAAGCGACUUUGAGCGUGGCUGUACACACACACACACACACACACACAUGUCUAGGGUUUGCCGCGAUGGGGGCGACAAACAUCCAGUCAGUGGCAGUCCUGUAGGCGGAAACAGCUUGUUGAUGUAAGGUCUAAAGAGAAUGGCAAGAAUUGUGCAAGCUAACAGGUGGGCCACAAACAAUGGCGCAGUACAACAGUGGUGUGCAGAAUGGAAUCUCGGAACGCAAAACUCUGCUAUCCUGUCACAGAUGGGCUAUUGCAGCAGACCACCGCUCCUUUCAGCUAUUAACAACUCUUCAUUGGGCCGUGAUCACCAACACUGGACAAUUGACGAGUGGAAAAAAAUAUUGCCUGGUCUGAAGAAACCCGGUUCCUGUUGUGUCAUGCUAAUGGCAGACAGGAUUUGGCAUAAGUAGCAGAGUCCAUGGACCAUCCUGCCUAGUGUCAUCGGUACAGGCUGGUGUGGGGAAUGUUUUCCUGCCAUGUGUUAGGUCCCUUGAUACCAAUUGAGCAACAACUGCCACAGCGUAUCUGAACAUUGUUCCUGACCAAACUCAAUAGAGCAUCUUUGGGAUGAGAUGGCACGGGCUGUUCGCAGCAUGAAUGUACCGCCAUCCAAUCGACAUUAACUCUGAUGCCUUCAUGUCAGCAUGGACCAACAUCCCUGUGGAACGUUUGACACCUUGUAGAAUUCCGGCUUUCUGGAUGCAAAGGGGGGUCUGACUCGGUACUAGAUGGGUGUACAUAAACUGUCCACUGAGUGUAUAAUGCAUUUCAAUAUCUCGACACAGCCUUGUCCCAUGAGUUCAUGUUUAUUACAUUUUACAUCUGCGAAGUGUUGCUGAAUAUAUGUAAGGGAGAAUCCACAAUGUUAAUGAAUAAUUACAAAUUCACUUUGUUGAAUUGUUAUGUUUCCAAAACAGAAAUGAUCCUGUAGUAUAAUAUUGUUAAAUAAAUAAAUUUCCAAAUGUAA